AUGUCAGAGACUCCCCUAGAACCCUCAGAGGAUAGUGAUGAAGUGUAUAUUAUGAAAGGAACAAAUGAUACUCUAUCCACUUACACUUCCAUUGAGGGAAUCAUGGACCCUAUUAAAACACUUAUUGACUCUGGCUCUUCACAAAACUUCAUGGAUAUUACCUUUGCUAGGAACCUCAAGAUUCCUCUGAUUGAACUCCACUCCCCUAGGACAGUCAUAGCCAUUGAUGGGAAAGAAGUAGAAGAAAAAAUUCGAUAUAAGGCCAUCUUAAACCUUAUCAUUGAAGGAAGAACUUUCAGACAGACCUUUUAUGCUAUGCCACUAGGAGAUACUCCACUUAUCCUAGGUCUCUCCUGGCUAAGAGAAGCCAACCCUACCAUCUGCUGGAGGGAUUUCUCAUUAAGCUAUAAGGAUGAGGAACCUAUGAAAGGAAAACUGGCAGAGAUACUGGAACUCCCUUCUGAGAUAGAAGACUUCCAAGAUGUAUUCUCUGAAGAGCUCUUUAAACAACUCCCUCAACACAGAUCCUUUGACUGCUCCAUUAACUUCAAGGAAGGGAGUGAACUUCCAAAACCUGCUAAAGCCUAUCCCAUGUCUCCAGCAGAGUCCAAAGCCAUGAAGGAAUAUAUGGAAAAGGAACUAUUGGAUGGGAAAAUUGAACCAAGUCACUCUCCUAUUGCUUCCCCAUGCUUCUUUGUGAGGAAAGCUGAUGGGGGACUGAGACUAGUAGUGGACUAUAGGAAGAUCAAUGACAUCACCAUCACAGAUCAAUUCCCCAUGCCCUUGCAGUCUGACCUUCUAGAAAAGGUCAAGGAUGCCAAGAUUUUCUCCAAACUUGAUCUGAAGUCAGGAUACAAUAACAUCAGGAUCAAGGCAGGAGAGGAAUGGAAAACUGCUUUCAGGACAAAGGAUGGUCUCUUUCAGUAUCGUGUGAUGCCCUUUGGCUUGAGAAAUGCCCCUCGAAUCUUCCAGAGGUUGAUGAAUCAUAUUUUCCAUGACAUGAUUGAUGUGAAUAGAGAAGAACACACCAAACAUCUCAGGGAAGUACUUAGAAGAAUCAGGGACAACAACCUAUACCUGAAACUUGCAAAGUGCCUAUUCUACACCACUGAAGUGACCUAUAUUGGCAUUGUGAUUACCCCAGAAGGUAUCUCCAUGGAGAAAGAAAAGAUUAAGGCAGUACAGGAAUGGAAGGAACCUAAGACUGUCAAGCAACUGCAGUCUUUCAUAGGAUUUGCCAACUUCUACAGACGCUUUAUCAAGGACUUCAGCACUAUUGUAAAACCCCUAACUCUACUUACCAGGCAAGUCAAGGAGGAAAUUGGAAAGGACCCAGUACUUAUUCACCCUGAUGCCCAGAAACCUUACUUCUUAGAAACUGAUGCCUCUGGAGUAGCUAUGGGUGCUGUCCUUAGCCAAAGACACACUGAUGGCUACCUACACCCUAUUGCCUUCCUAUCAAAGAGCUUUGAUGAUGCCCAGACCAACUAUGACACACAUGACAAGGAGCUACUAGCCAUCAUUACUUCCCUGGAACAUUGGAGACUUUUCCUGGAAGGCACAACUGAGCCCAUCACAGUCUACACUGAUCACAAAAACCUGGAAUACUGGAAGACAGCUCACACCUUCAACAGGCGACAUGCAAGGUGGUACCAAAUCCUGGCACCCUUCAACUUCAACAUUGUCUACAGACCUGGAAAGAUGUCUGAAAAGCCUGAUGCCCUAUCAAGAAGACCUGAUCACUUAGACAUUCCCAACAAGGAACAGAUAAUGAUUGAUCCUAAACACUUCCUGGUAAUGAAGGCAGAGGUAACAACAGACAUUAUUUCUCAGAUCAGAGAGGCUCAGGAUGAAGAUGAGUCAAUUCAAACACUGAUUGCCACUGUCAAACACAAGGAAGAACUUCCUCCUAGUGUAGCAAAACAAUUUACUAAAUACCAAUGGAAAGAAGAACUCCUAUGGUAUGAGGAGAGAAUUUUUGUACCAGACAGCAAGGCUAUCAGACUUGAACUCCUAGAACAGUACCAUGACUCCCCCAUUGCUGGCCAUCAAGGGCAAGCACGUACUUUGGAACUCCUGUCAAGAGAUUACUAUUGGCCAGGAAUGAAAGCCCAAGUAAACAGAUAUGUGGAAUCAUGUGAAAACUGUCAAAGGAGUAAAGGCCACAAACAUACAGUCCCCAUAAGACCACUACCUAUUCCAAGCAGGCCCUGGGAGGAUAUUGCCUAUGACAUGAUAGUCAAACUUCCACUAUCCAAUGGAUAUGACAGUAUUCUAGUGGUAAUAGACCGCUUUUCAAAGCAGGCCCAUUUCAUUCCUUGUAUAGAAAAAACCAAUGCUAAGGAAAUGGCUGAAAUCUUUAUCAAGGAAGUAUGGAAACUGCAUGGUACCCCUAGGACAACAAUCUCAGAUAGAGGCAGAGUAUUCAACAAUGAAUUCCAAAGGGCCUUAUAUGAGAAAUUGGGAAUAAAACCUCUAUACUCUACUGCCUAUCACCCUGAGACAGAUGGCCUGGCAGAAAGAACAAACCAAUGGUUGGAGGGAUUCUUGCGCAGCUACUGCAACUAUGCACAAGAUGAUUGGGCAAAGUGGCUACCUAUAGCUGAGUUCUGUCACAACAAUCAAGUCAACUCUACAACUGGCAAAUCAGCCUUUGAGACAGUGUAUGGAAUGCACCCAAGAUGGAAUAUUGCACCUACCACCUCCAAUGUACCACAUGCAGAAGACAUGACCAAACAGAUGGAACUAAUCUGGGAUGAAGUCAAGGCCUCCAUGGAGUUCCACAAAGCAAAGGAAAAGGCACCCAGACAGGAAUACAAAGUAGGAGAUAAGGUGUGGCUAAUGACCACCAAUAUCCAAACAAAGAGACCUGCAAAGAAGCUGGACAACAAGAAAGCUGGACCCUUCACUAUCAUUGAAAAGAUCUCAUCCCAUGCUUACAGACUAGACCUUCCUAACACCAUAAAAAUCCACAAUGUGUUCCAUCUCAAUCUCCUGGCUCCCUUCAAAGAGGACACUGACUUCCACAGAAGACAAGUGAAACCUCCCCCCAUCAUAACAGAGGAAGGAGAAGAGGAGUAUGAAGUGGAAAAGAUUGUGGCAUGGAGACAGGACAAAGAAGGGCUGAGAUAUCAAGUCAGAUGGAAAGGAUAUGAUGAGCUAGAGGAUACCAUGGAGAGAGCUGAAAAGAUUGCCCAACUGCCUGAGAUCAUGGAGAGAUUCAAAAAGGAGUUCCCUAAUGGGCCUCUACCUCCUGAAAUCAAAACCCCAGGAAAGAAAAAGAAGACAAUAAAGAGGAAAUCUGCUUAUAUGAGUGUGUCUCACUCUAACAGAUAUGCACCUCUUCAAGUCCCCUAA